AUGUCUGGGUCGGAAAAGGAAGCGGAACUAAAGUCUUCGGACUCAGCUGUCAACAAUGUCGAGGGUCAUUCGGAAGGGGGCGCGGAGGUGUAUAUUGACCCUGUGAAGGAGAACAAGAUGAUGAGGAAGUUUGACUUCUGGUGCAUUGGGUUGAUGGGGCUUUUUUAUCUCACGGCAAAUCUGGAUCGGAGCAACCUCGGAAAUGCAAACAUUGCUGGCAUGCCCAAAGACAUUGGGCUCACAGGAAACCAAUUCGGUACCGCCGUGACGUUACUCUUUGCGACUUAUGUCACGAUCGAAACUCCGGUAGCCGUUCUCCUCAAGAUUAUCGGACCUAGAUAUCUCCUCACCGGCAUUGCAUUUUCAUGGGGAAUGGUCACUCUUGGUAUGGGCUUCAUUCAGAACUGGAAAGCCCUUUAUGCCUGCCGCCUGCUGCUUGGAUUCUUCGAAGCAGGUUUGAUCCCAUGUAUUGAUGUGUAUAUCGGCCUCGUCUACAAGAGGUCAGAGCGUGGCAAGCGUUCUGCCAUUAUCUUCGCCUUCAGCGCUCUCUCUAGUGCUUUCGGCGGUCUGUUGGCUUACGGACUCACUCAAAUCAAGGGUCCUGGUAACUUCAAAGGAUGGCGCUGGCUAUUUAUCGUGGAGGCACUUUUGACAAUUCUUAUUGUGCCUCUGUUCUUCUUCUUCUUUCCUCAGGAACCUCGUGAGGCUUGGUUUUUGACACCAGAGGAGAAGAAUAUGAUGGAUGCGAGAUACGCUAAUGAUCCUCAUUGGGGUAUCGAUGAAAAGUUCAAGUGGUCUUCUGUCCUCUCCAUAUUUUAUGACCCUAAGUGGUAUGCCUUUGUCGUCUUCCAAUUCUCAGUGGAUGUCUCACUGUAUGCCUUUACAACCUUCCUCCCGGCAAUCAUCAAAGGCAUGGGCUACACAUCCGUCAACGCAAACCUUCUCACAGUACCUGUCUAUUUCUGGGGUCUCAUUUGGUUUCUAUUUGUUGCAUACAUGUCCGACCGCCAAACCAGAGGUUAUUGGAUUGGAGGUCCACUCAUAUGUCUAGUGAUUGGGUAUGCUAUCCUCAUCGGGACUGACAGUGUUGGGGCUCGCUAUUUCGCAUGUUAUAUCGUCGUCAUGGGAAUUUACCCCACCACUGGAAUGUCACUCAUGUGGUUGAACGACAACGUUGCGCAACAUUUCAAGCGAGCUGCUAUGAUUGGGGCUACUCUCACCUGUGCAAACACAGCAGGAGUUGCUGUUGGCCAGAUCUUCACCACCAAAAGUGGUCCAAGAUACAUCAAGGGACUUUCCAUCUCUUUGGGACUAGCAGUCUUGGCUGGCAUAAUGGUUGUGUGUCUUGUUGUGGGUAUGAAGCUUGCCAAUAAGCGACGUGAAGCAAGGAUUCAAGCUGCUUUGGAUGCUGGUACUCCACUUCCAGAUGAGCCUGAAAAGGGUGAUAUGAAUGUCUAUUUUAGGUACACAACAUAA